CGCUAGUGGGCGUUAACUCUAGACGUUCUUGUUCUAGCUGCAAAGUCCAGUUUCUUAUAUCAUAAAAAAAAUAUCCUGGUUAAGUUGAACUAACAAAAGUAUAUUUUUAAAAAUGAAGUAUUCAGUGCCUUUUUACAUAUUUUUGCUAGCUCAGACUUCAUGGAUUGUUUCUUUCACGCUCAGCAAACUGAAUUUGAUGCAAGAUCAAAUUACAGUAUUUAUUGCAGGAGUCAUCACAUUGAGUUUAGUGACCAUCGUGCCUUACCUUUUAUUUAGAAGACUUUUCAAUCAGGUUGAUCCGUUUGUUUUAAGUAAGUUAACAAGAUAAAUAUUAAAAAGUUACAAAACGUAAUGAUUUGAAACUAAUCUAAUUUGAGGCAUUAAAAAUUAUUUCAUGUAAAAGUAAAUGGCAAUGGCAUUAGUUAAGCCCUAAGCAUAAUUUAAUAAAAGGACUAAUGAUAGGUUAAGGUUAGUGUGCAAGGGUAAUAUUAUUCUGUAUGAUGGUAGCACGCUAAGACUAUAUUCUAAAUUAAUUAUUAUAAAAUCUUUAACAUUUCAAAGAAUUCUCUUUAAUAAUGGAACCCUAUGUUCUGUAUAUUUUCUGUUUUAUAUUAUAUUAUAUAGUUUUAUAGAGAUGUGAUGUUGCUUUAUUCAAUGCCAUCUACUGUAAUGUCAAAAUGGGGAAGAGCUUCCACUUGACUUAUAUUUAUUUUAAAUAUCCAUGCCUACCACCUCCCCCCACACUUCAUUAAAAAAAAAUUGACAUAUCCCAUUUACUCAGACUAUCUGUCUAACUUGCUAUUUAAAACCCCUCCCCUCACACACACCUUUUUUUGUUGCAACAAACAUUUAUGUUCCCUGUGGUGGAUUAUGAAAUUAUAAUUCAUAUUUUUUAUUUAAUUACAUGACACUUAAUGAGGCUGGUUGCAUACUUAACAAACCAAGUGUCAAACAUCUUUCCUCUCAGCUCCUUAAAAUGUUUUUAUGUCAAUGCACAUCACCUGCCCCUAAAAAUUGUCUCCACUCACCAAAUUAGAGGCAUUAUGACUAUAACAUUAUAAUCAAACUAGAUACAUUAUAACUAUAACAUUAUAAUCAUUAAUUGAGUCUGUGUUAUGCUCCUGUUUAUAAUAUUAAGUUGCAAAUGUAAUUCUUCCACAUUAUUGUGUGAGUGAAAGAGGAACUGAACUAGCUUAAUUAAGUUAAAAAUAAACAAAUACACCUAUUGAGGUGAAAUUUAAUUCCAGAACACCGGUGUCACAAGCUGUAAAUCAAACUUACACCUUAGCAAGAAAUAAAUUUUUGCCAAAAAUAGAUUGUGUAUUUUAUAACCAAAUUUAUUUUAUGUAUAUUAUUUCUUUAUAGUUCUUGCUGUAUUUUCCUGGUCGUGUAUGAUAGACCUUGGUAUUGGACUGGAGUUGGAUGGCUUUAUAUCCAAUUUUAUGGGCUUUUAUUUCAUUGAGGGUGAACCAUACCUGAAUACAGCUCAUGGAGCAGUUAUAAGCUACUGGGAUGGAAUAGUGCAUUUCAUUCUUGGUUUAGCAAUUAUUUCACUUUACUGUCAGCGGUAAGUUUUAAUAUCCUGUAUAAAAAUAUAUUUUCGGUAGUUGAAUUGUCUACUUAAAGCAGUGCAUAACUUAACUAUCCAAAUGUCUUAUGAGAUGGUACAACUUUAUUUUCUUACCGGAUUAAUUUUGUUAUUUAAAGGUAUGUUGUGUAAUUUUCUCAGAAUGAAGUUAUUUUUACAGAAUGGCAAAAAUGAUUCUUUCCUUUCUUUUAAGGCAAAGUUAUCGGGCAUUUGGGUUAUACUGGGCAGGCUCAAUACUAAAUAGCAUGAUAGUGCUGAUACCAGGAGGUAUUGCAGGUAAAAAUAACCUUAUAAAUAUUAUUACUAGAGUAUUGGAGUAGUGCCAAGAGGGUGAGUUACCAAGUAAGAAGAAAAAAGUGAUGGGAUCUAGGUAAUGACCCUAAAUCAUAAAGUACAGCUCUUUCCACUAAUUAAAAAAAGAAAAUUUGCUUCAUUGGCAUAUGUUAUAAGUUCAUGAUUAACAUAUAAAGAGAUAAUAUGAACAUAUACAACAGCCUUCUUCAUUGCUUGAUUUUUUAUUUUUGCAGGCAACCAUCCAUUCAAGCUUUCUAUUCUUCUGAAUGUUCCAUAUUUAAUUUUGCCACUGUUGGCUGGUUUUAAGCUCCUACAUGAUCGUCCUGUCCAGUCAUCAACUGUUCAGAAGGUUAGAUCUUUUUUCACAACCAAAGUUAGUUACUUUUUUUUUUAUUCAACCACUCUGAGAAGGCAGCAGCAGGAUAGUGUUUUUUGGUCUCCAUGAAAAGGAGAAAGCAGUAGCAGGAUAGUGUUUUUUGUCCUCACAUGAAAAGAAGAGGGCAAGUAGCAGGAUAGUGUUUUUUGUCCUCACAUGAAAAGAAGAGGGCAAGUAGCAGGAUAGUGUUUUUUGUCCUCACAUGAAAAGAAGAGGGCAAGUAGCAGGAUAGUGUUUUUUUGUCUCACAUGAAAAGAAGAGGGCAAGUAGCAGGAUAGUGUUUUUUGUCCUCACAUGAAAAGGAGAGGACAGUAGCAGGAUAGUGUUUUUUGUCCUCACAUGAAAGAAGAGGGCAGAGCAGGAUAGGUUUUUUUUUCCCUCACAUUAAAAGGAGAGGGCAGUAGCAGGAUAGGUUAUGUUUAAAAGUCAUUCAUGAAUAAUAUAAAAAUAAAAUAUAAUUAAAAGACAUUCUCACAUUUAAAUACAUUUCAUGUUCUCAUUUCAGUUCAAACCUAUCUGGGAGCGACCUGUUGAUUUAUUUUUCUUUAUUUAUUUUAUUGGUGCCAUUUUCUUAUCCUUGUUUCGUGGAUUGGUAAGCUAAUUUUUAGUACAGUCAACAUUUAUUUAGAGUGGUUAUAUCAGUGGUUCCCAAGCAGUGCCCUAAAUGCUCUGCGUGCACUUCUCAAGGGUCACACAGCUACUCCAGGAAACUCCUGAACACUAUUAUUACAUUAGCUGGUAAGAAAUAAGCUUGUCCUAAGUGGCUCCCAACCAAUUUGUUUCUGAAAAGGGGCUCUGUGAGUCAAAAAAGUUGUGAACCACUGUGUUACAUCAACCAGAUUAGAUGAGAAGUAUCAGCCUAUUAGAUAUACACUGUUACACAGUAGGCAUAAGCCCUUAUCAGAUUAACAUAGGAAAAAACAUGAUUCUUGAUAUAUAGGGUUAAGGAAGUCCUAAAUCAAUUGAAGUUGUUUUUGUUUUUGUUUUUUGUCAUCACUUUCACUUACAUUUAACUGCAUAAAGAAGUUCUAUGAAAGUUUGCUAAAGUACAACACCAUUAAGUUGAUGAGACAGUGAAAUGAAUAAAAUGCUUUCCUUAGUUUAUCCUUAGGAUACUUUGGGCACUCUUACUUUUUCAAGUUUAAUUGAGACGCAUGUGAAAUAAAAGUUAAUUUUUGUAUUUUAAUUACCCUCCAGGCUGUUUUAGGGGGAAAUGCUGAAGCAAUGAAGGAGUACAUCCAAACAAUUGAGCCCUAUCUGGCAGACGAAACAAAUUUUCCUAAGUUUCAGGUAUUUGUUUAAAUAUCUGAAAAAGAUUAUUGAAUUUGAAUAAAACACUGAAGGGAUUCUGUGAAAUUUGAUCAUAAUAAAGUAGACGAUUCUACAUCAUCAUCUCAGGAGGAGGGCAUCUCCAACUGCUUUGCUGCCUGAUAGUUAGGGGACUUUUUCUGGCUUAGUGGGAGGCGAUAGUUUUGGAAGGGCGUUAAGAGCUUUGUCUCAAGGGCCCGCUGAUGCCGUUUCCUAAUUUAAAUACAUGACAUCAUCAUCAUCUCAUCCUCAUACAGCAGCAGAUUAUCCUAAUGGUCAACCAUUUGUAGCAGUCUGCUUCCUGCUUAGGUGCCUGGGUUGUUUGGGUUGGAUGGGUUGACAUCAGCUCAACCCCUUCCACACGUGGGGGAACAAAAGUUUUUUGGCCACUGCUAGAUAGGGGGAUCAUGACAGUAAUCUGAAAGUUUGUAGCAAUGAAUAUAUUAAAGUUCAACAGGUUAUCGUCUCCUUUGUAUUCUAUUUUUCAAGUAAAAAUGAAUGAUUGGAUUUGAUUGGAUGCUUUUUUGUUGCAAGUAAUUCCCAUAAAUAAUCAUGUUGUUGUAACCUUCAAUUUCUCUUAAAUUUCUUUCAAAAGUGUGUCAAGAAGGAAUUUAUUAAGUCAUGUUUUGCUUAAUGGAUUUGGAUUUGGUCAGAUGGUGUAAAUUAAUUACAUUACAAUGUAAAAUUUACUUUAAACUCAUUUAUGUUUUGUAAUUGUGACAGCCUUCUAAAAUGUUAUGCGUCUAGUUUUCAGCGCUUGUGUCCCUGUUUAACUGUUCAAAUUUUGUUUACAAAAUCCAUCAUUGUAACUUUGUUUACCUAAUCAACAUUGUUUUAAUUUCAAUACAUCCAAUAGAUGAUCGUAUACGGAUAUUUUUUUCUGGCUUACUAUCUUGGUGCUGCCUACGCCUUACUUUGCCCAGGUCAGGUUUGGAUGGCAGACUGGUCACUCAUCCAUGCAGGAGCUGCUGCUCAGGUAAUAUUACCUCAUCAUUGACCAUUCAGCGAAAAUAUAUUAUGUUACUUGUUCUUGAUUACAUUUUUUGUGGAAAGCAACUUUCUGAUUAAAUUUUAUAUUGCUACCAUUCACAAUUUUAUUAGAAAAUUUAAUUUUAACAUUACACCAAUUUAUUUUAUUGACAAAUUAAUGUCAUGAUUAAGUUUGCUUUACUCUAUUAUACUCUAUACAAUGGAAUUUACUUCUCCAGCCCCUAUAAUAAGAUCAUAGCUUUAUUUUAUUCGUAAAAAAUUAUUUGGUUAAAAUAUCAAAAGUUAAAUGUUAUUUUACUAAUUUUUGUUUCCAUUUUGACUAAGGAAUAGAAAAUAAACUUUCUUUAACGCUCUAACACUAUUUUUAGGCCCAGUUUUCACAUAUUGCUGGAUCUUUGCAUCAUCGAACAUCUGAAUCAUUGAGGCCUCCUCAAAGUGGGUAUCCAGCGCUGACAUUUUGGUCUAUAAACCUUAUAUUAUUUAUAGUGCCACAAUUUUUUGCCUGGUGGUGUCAACAAGACUCCAACAAAUUUGGCCUGACUUCCAGUGUCAAAAAAUCAAAAUUAAAUAAAAUAAUUAAGAAAUCUGAUAAGACAAAAUGAAUGUUUAAAAAUGGCUUUAGAUCAUCUUUGCAAUGAACACAAUAGAUUGGUUGUAAGGGACUUGUUAAUCAUACUUUUUGGUCUGUGAAGAUAUGCAAACAUUUUACUAUGUAUUUUACAUGUUUUCCCAUUUGUCAAAAACUUUUGUAAUGUUUGUCACAAGAGGAAUGUUUUUCAUUUUCUGUCACUAGUAGUCAAAUUUACUAUGGUCUAGUUUUCUUUAAUGAAUACUUACCACUUAAAUGCAAAUAGAAGCUUUAUUAAAUUAAUGUUUUGUA